AGCAUAAAGCUUUUUAUAACACACGCAAGUGACGCAACAACUUUUGUUUCAUUAUUUCAUCACUCGCUCCGUAACCGUCACCGAUCACUUAGCUUCUAAUUUCUCACUCACGCCGGUGAGGGUUAUUAUCGUAAAUGUCAUCACUCAUCAUUCACCAUAACCCUCACCGUCGCUUAUAUCCACCAACACACCACCAAUAGCUCCGCCGCAACAACAACUACACCUCCUCCUCCAAAGAUGAAAGAAAACACCAAAACGACGUCGUCGAGGUUCCAAUUCUUCGUACGCUGGAACAGUAACUCCUUAGUGAUUCAUGCUUCAAGAAAAGACACAGUGGAAUUGCUUCUCAAGAAACUUUCAUCCAAAACCAAAAUUCCGAUUAAAGAAUUACGAUUAAUUUACAAAGGAAAACAGCUUCAGGUAGAACAGAAUCUCGGCGAAUGCGGCAUCGAAAACGAUGAAACUCUUCAAUUGCUCGGAUACUUGAGGAGUACACAGUGUCCUCAACUUUGGGGAGCAACAGAAUUUAUUGCUUCAUUGAUUCUCAAACUUUGUAGAGGUGAAAAUGCGAAUGAUCCUUUCAAAUUUAUUCAAAGUCACUUUAGAAGUUACAUGAAAAAAUCUGAAUAUUUUGAUGUUUUUAUGUUUAUGAAAAUUCCUUCAUUGUUGGUAGAACUUUAUAUGUCGCCCAAUGCUAGUAAUAAAAGCGUUGCUGAUUUGUUGAUUAAGGAAUUUGUGCAAAUAUGUUUAGACUUGAAGUGCAAAGAGGUGCAGGUUUUUUACCUUGAAGCUCUUUUGCAGUUUUGUGAAUUGCUUAGAGAGGUAGGGUGUAAGUGUGAUGAUCUUUUGUAUGUUUUUUGCCGGAAUGGUUUUGCAACUCUGUUGGCGAAUGUUGGUGGUGUUACCCCCUUUAGGAAUUAUUCUAAAUGGAGGGUUUUGUUUCGUGGUAUUUUUUUCUGUGUUUGUGAGACUUUAGAGGUGUUGUUGAGUUAUUUGGAUUUGAGUAUGAGUUAUCCGACUAGUGAGGGGCUUUCAUGUAGUGUUGUUUGGGCUUUUGUCAAAUUCUCGACACCUUUGAGGAAUGGAAUUGCCGAGAAACAACCAGCAUUCGGUGAAUAUGAGAAUGGAAUUUGCUAUGAGGAGGAUCCUUCAAUUGCAGGAGUAGUUGAUCAAUUUCGUAAUGUAUUUAUUCAGUUAUUGACCAAAAUGGACAAGUGUUUUCAAGUCAUGGAGAAUUGCUUGGUUAACAAGGAACAAAGAGAAGGGGGUGGGGAUGUUAUCCAUAAUGGGCAGUCUCAUUACCUUUUAAUCCUGAAGGAAUUGUAUCACAUAUCUAAGCUAUAUAGCGGGGCAGAAGUGAUGUUUUGGGGAGUUUUGUUGCGUCGAAAAAGUAUGCUAUCUCAACUGAUUGUCCGGUUUGCGGAUAAGAAGGAUAAUCAUAGGUGGGUACUUGAGAACAUGAGUGUGACCGAUUUUGAAUCCAGGAGGCAUUUGGCGAUGACACUAUUCCCUGACUUAAGACAUGAAUUAUUGGGAUAUGAGAUGCUUAUUGGCAGGUCUGAUGUUUUGGCCGAAUCUUUUGAGUACAUAUCACGAGCUAAGCCUACAUCUCUGGAAGGAGGUUUAUUUAUGGCAUUCAAGAAUGAAGUUGCUACAGGACCAGGUGUUCUGAGGGAGUGGUUUGUUUUGGUGUGUAAGGAAAUAUUUAAUCCAAAAAAUGCUCUUUUUGUGGCAUGUCCAAAUGACCAAAGGAGAUUUUUUCCUAAUGCUGCAUCUAAGGUACAUCCUCUACACCUAAAGUACUUCAGCUUCUCUGGACGUAUGAUUGCAUUAGCUUUGAAGAGUAAGGUGCAAGUGGGUAUUUAUUUUGAUCGUGUGUUUUUCAAGCAAUUGGCUGGAAACUAUAUUACUUUAGAAGAUAUCCGAGAUGCCGAUCCUAUAAUGUAUCGUAGCUGCAAGCAAAUAUUGGAGAUGAAUGCUGAUUAUAUUGAUUCAGAUGAAUUAGGACUGACAUUUUCUAUAGAGGUGGAAGAAUUAGGACACAGGAAAGUGAUUGAGCUUUGCCCUGGUGGCGAAAGCCUUGUUGUGGGUAGUAAGAACAGGGAGAAGUAUGUUGAUCUUCUUAUACAGAAUCGUUUUGUGACAUCCAUAUCUAGGCAGGUAUCACAUUUUGCCGCGGGUUUUGCUGAUAUUAUAUCUGGCUCAAGGCUAGAGUUCUUUCGAUAUUUAGAACUUGAAGAUCUUGAUUGGAUGUUGCAUGGAAGUGAAAAUGCCAUUUCUGUUGAAGAUUGGAAGGCACAUACUAAGUAUAAUGGCUAUAAAGAGAAUGAUUGUCGGAUAACUUGGUUUUGGGAGAUCGUUGGGAGAAUGUCGGCAGAGCAAAAGAAGGUUCUACUGUUCUUUUGGACAUCUGUGAAACAUUUACCAGUUGAAGGUUUCCGUGGUUUGGGUUCCCGUCUAUUCAUUUGCAAAUCCAGCAAAUCUGAUAAUCACUUGCCCUCAUCUCACACAUGUUUUUACGAGCUGUGCUUUCCAAAGUAUUCUUCUAGGGCUAUCAUGCAAGAUCGCCUUAGAAUCAUCACUCAAGAACACAUGAGCUGCAGUUUCGGUACUCUGUGAAUGAUUAAUAGAAUACACCUGCAAUUUGGCUAGAAGUGAUUUUGAAUCUUUUGAUUGCACAUAGAAAUACAAUUACUCACCUUUGUACAAAUUUAGGAUAGGAUUAUUCUUUUUUGUUUUUUCUUUCUCGAAAUGAUAAUCUGAGAAGGCUUUCUAGUUCUGUUUCUCAAAUCAAUUCGGGGUAGCAAUGUAGUUGAUCUUCUGUGAAGUGUUUAUAUGAGGGGUCAAGAAAACAGGAUUGAAGGAAAGAACAAAAGUUUUGAUGUUUGGUCAUUUUAGUAGAUAGCAAUGGCUUAGCCAUGCUUUGACAUUUAAGUUAGGACAAUCAUGCUCCAAGAGAAACUCUUCCCCAUUAUUAAGAAUUAGCAUUAACAUUAGCAUUUUGAUAA